CGGGAUCGAUAUACACAAAAUUCCUUUAGGUCACCACACAAAAAUGAUGUCAAAAGCAGCAUCGUCGAUUUUCAGAGGGGGCAAAUUCUCCCCUGCAAAGAAAUGUUUCAUGCAUACAACAUCAAUUUUAGGAGCCCAAAACCCCAAAGUUGCAUUGAUUUUCUCUGGGUGUGGUGUAUAUGAUGGAACAGAAAUUCAUGAGGCCUCUUCAGCCAUGGUACAUCUCAGUAGACAUGAAGCAGAAGUGGGAAUAUUUGCUCCAAACAUUGAACAAAUGCAUGCUAUAGAUCACACAAAAGGAGAACCCAUGGAAGUUAACAGAAAUGUUUUGGUGGAGUCGGCACGGAUUGCCAGAGGAAAAAUUCAGGAUUUAAAAGACCUGAAGGUGCAGGACUUCGAUGCUGUCAUUUUUCCAGGGGGGUUUGGAGCAGCUAAGAACUUGAGCAACUUUGCAGUUGAGGGAGAUAAAAUGACUGUUCAGCCAUCUGUAGAGAAAGUCAUCAAAGAAUUUCACUCAGCAAAGAAACCAAUUGGUUUAUGCUGCAUUUCCCCUGUUCUGGCCGCCAAGACCAUUCCAGGCUGCACCGUCACUGUGGGCCAGGACAAAGAUGCGGACGGGCAAUGGCCGUACGCCGGUACAGCGGGCGCCUGCCAAAACAUGGGCGCCAAGCACGUGAACAAGGACGUCAGUGAGGUGAACGUGGAUUCGCAGAACAAGUUGGUGACAACGCCGGCCUUCAUGUGUGAGACAGCCGUCCACAAAGUGUUCGAUGGAGUCGGCAAAAUGGUGGAGGCCGUGCUGAAGCUGUGUAAAUAGUGCUGGGGGUACAGUGAUGAAGAGCUACAAUGUAGAUCUUAUGUUAACAUUGAGACACUCACAGACAGGAAAACAUAGAGAAGUCUCUGUGACAGUGGAAUAAACUUGACAAGAAUGCAUGAUACAUAUUUGUUAUUGUGGAUAACAAAGGGUUGUAAUAAAUAAAAUUUUAAAGAAAAAGUGUUUUUACCAUAAUUAAAAACUCUCAGAAAGUUGAUA